AUGAGAGAGUGCGCCAGCCACCACCCUUGCGAUCGAACAUCAUCGCUUUGCUCCGUUCCGGGCUCAACUCAGGAUUGGGAAGCUCAAGCUCGCGCCCUUCGAAUUUUUUAAAAACCGGCAGGCAAAGGCAAAUCAACCUCCAUCCUUAUUCCUCACUCUCCUCACCUUUGUAUUUGCUCUGAACAAGAAAGAAAACUAACGGCGUCGUUGAUGGAACCCAGCCAUCGGGCUCUCUCUUUGUCUCUCUCAAUGUGCAGAACAAUACCCACCUCAUUCUCUUUUCCAAUUUCACUACCCACUCUUCUCCUUCUCCACCUCUUCCUCUCCUCCUUAGUCUUGCAAGGCAACUCCCAGAGCGGAAUUGAUGAACUCUCCAUUUUACUCAAACUAAAGCAACACUGGGGAGAUCAACCCCCCAUGAACUCGUGGAAUUCCUCGCUCAGUCCCUGCAAUUGGACGGGAAUCUCCUGCGUCCAUGGUUCCGUUACCAAAAUCUCAUUUUACAACCAGAACAUCACAGGAAAAAUCCCUCCCGCCAUCUGCGGUCUCAACAACCUCACCUACCUCGACCUCUCAUACAAUUACAUUCCCGGAGAAUUCCCAACUCUUCUUUAUAACUGUUCCAAACUCCAGUACCUUGAUCUCUCCCAGAACUACUUCGUCGGCACGCUUCCUGAUGACAUACACCGCCUUUCUAGCCUUUCCUUCCUCAAUCUCGGUGCCAACAACUUCUCCGGAGACAUCCCGUCUACAAUCGGGCGUUUGUCGGCGUUGAAGCGCCUGUACCUUUAUCAGAAUCUCUUUAAUGGCACCUUUCCUCCGGAUAUCGGCAACCUGUCCAACCUUGAAGCCCUCGAAAUGGCUUACAACAAGUUCGUGCCUUCAAGGAUCCCCGUACAAUUCACUCGCCUGAAGAAACUUACUUACUUGUGGAUGGCCAGAACGAAUCUGAUUGGAGAAAUUCCGGUAUCGAUCGGUGACAUGGCCGCAAUUCGCUGGUUGGAUCUAUCGAUGAACCAUUUGAACGGGACGAUUCCUACCAGUUUGUUUCUUCUCAAGCAACUAACUAAUUUGUAUCUUUAUGCUAACAGACUGUCCGGAGAGAUCCCUGCCCGAGUUGAAGCUUUGGGUUUGACCGACAUAGAUCUUUCCAUCAACAAUUUGACCGGUCCCAUACCGGGAGAUUUUGGAAAAUUGGUUAGCUUGACACAUUUAGUCUUGUAUUAUAACCGCUUAUCCGGCGAGAUACCGUCAAGCAUCGCUCGUCUACCUGCGCUCAAUGAUAUUCGCCUGUACAACAAUAGCUUGAGUGGGGUCCUCCCUCCCGAAUUAGGCCUUUAUUCGAAGCUUGAACGUAUUGAGGUCGCGAAAAAUCGGCUUAGUGGCAAGUUGCCAGAAAAUCUGUGUGCCGGCGGCAUGUUGAGAGGAGUGGUGGUUUUCUCCAACAGUCUCAGCGGAGAAGUCCCGGCAUCUCUUGGUAAUUGCAGUAGUCUUACCACCGUACAGCUUUAUAAUAACGGGUUUUCCGGUGAGAUUCCUGACAGUCUCUGGUCGUCAUUGAAUCUAUGGUCCUUGAUGAUAAGUGGCAAUUUCUUUUCGGGCAAGCUUCCCGGAAAAUUGGCCUGGAAUUUAACACGACUGGAGAUCAGUAACAACAGGUUUUCUGGAGAAAUUCCCUCAGAUAUCCGAAACGCAAGCAAUCUGGUAGUCUUCAAGGCCAGCAACAACCUAUUUUCCGGCAAAAUUCCUGUGGAACUGACGGCCCUCCCCCACCUCACAGUUCUAUCGCUCGACGGCAAUCGACUUUAUGGAGAGCUUCCAUCAGAGAUAAUUUCUUGGAAGGCACUGAACUCUCUGAACCUCAGUAGAAAUCAACUCUCGGGUCAAAUUCCCCGUACCAUCGGGUUACUUCCAGACCUUAGUUACCUCGACCUGUCGGACAACCAACUUUCAGGCAAUAUUCCAUCUGAAUUUGGGCUUCUUAAGCUCGUAUCUCUCAAUCUCUCCUCAAACCAAUUGAUAGGGGAGAUUCCUACUGAGUUCGACAACAUGGCCUACGAAAAUAGCUUCCUGAAUAACCAAGGCCUAUGUGCAGCUACUGGCAUCCUAAACCUCCGUUCCUGCAUUUCCGAAACCCGAGACUCGCACAAAUUUUCGCACCGACAUCUGCCCAUAAUCCUAUUCUUUGCCGGGGCUCUUUUUCUGGUUACCGUGUUAUCCACCUUGUUGUUGAUCAGAGACUACAGAAGCAAAAGGCGUGGACGACGUCAUCCUCCAAUGUGGAAGCUCACUUCUUUCCAGAGGUUGGGCUUCACAGAGUCGAGCAUAUUGUCAAGUUUGACUGAGAGUAACCUAAUCGGGGGCGGUGGAUCAGGGAAGGUUUAUCGGGUCCCCCUUCAUCGGUCCGGCGAUGUAGUUGCCGUUAAAAAGAUAUGGAAUAACAGAAGAUUGGGUGAGAAGUUGGAGAAGGAAUUUGAAGCAGAGGUUCAUAUAUUGGGGACAAUUCGACAUUCCAACAUUGUGAAAUUAAUGUGCUGUAUCUCGAACGGGAAAUCGAAGCUUCUGGUUUAUGAGUACAUGGAGAACUGCAGCUUGGAUCGAUGGCUCCAUGGGAAGAAGAGGGGAUUGAUACCAUCCGGCUCAGUCCAUCAUACGGUGUUGGAUUGGCCCAGAAGGUUGCAUAUCGCAAUUGGAGCCGCCCAAGGGCUCUGCUACAUGCACCAAGACUGCUCUCCUCCGAUCAUUCAUCGUGACGUAAAGUCAAGCAACAUCCUGUUGGAUUCAGAAUUCAAUGCGAGGAUUGCAGAUUUUGGGCUGGCCAAAAUGCUGAUCAAACCAGGGGAGCCUGAUACCAUGUCAGCUGUAGCGGGCUCUUUCGGCUACUUAGCUCCAGAGUACGCCUACACGACCAAAGUGAACGAGAAGGUUGACGUUUAUAGCUUUGGGGUGGUGCUGUUGGAAUUGACAACCGGUAGGGAAGCAGGCGACGGAGAUGGGGAUACAUGUCUCGCCCAGUGGGCGUGGCGACACCUGCAAGAGGAUAAACCCAUCGUGGAAGCUCUGGACAAGCAGAUCAGAGAAGCUUGUUACUUGGAUGAAAUGAGCAUCGUGUUCAAGCUCGGCCUCAUUUGUACUGGGACCUUGCCUUCCACCAGGCCUUCAAUGAAGGAAGUGGUGCAAGUUCUAAUGCGAUGUAGCCCUCUGCAAGACCACGGAGAGAAGGAGAAGGUGGGCAGAGGUGAGUAUGAUGUCGCUCCCCUGCUCAGCAGUGCUAAAUACAUUUCCAGUUACAAGGAAAGCCGGAGUAGGAGGACAUCGGACGAUGAUAGCUUGUCAUAUAACGUAUGAUCACCACCCAUGAGAUGGAUGCCACGCCAUCAUCACAAACCAGCCUCUCAUACUCAAUACAGUUACAAGUUACAACAACACUAUAUAUGCACACCAUCAUUAAGAGGUGACUACUAGUAGUAUGGCCCUGAUCCUGACCUGGGUUGCUCUUUCAUCCAUACCAACCAUGUACGAAUAAGUUGAAUGACUUAACUUUGGUUUUGAUCAUCUAUGGAACUGUUUUUCCAGUUUUCAAUUUU